GUGUGUGGAGCGGAGCGGCCGGCAUGUGAUACGCAAGCUAUAGCCAGCCAGAUCCGAGAACCUUUCAUGUUGGACUUGGACUUGUGCUUCCUACCUACCUAUUUAAUUACACACUGAUCGUCUUUAGGCUCAUUUUAGUCAUGGCCAGCAACGGCCACGCUGCCCACGGCCACGCCGUGGCCAACAUAGCCCGCGCGGGCGAUACAGUCCUGGUGGUCGGCCCCGACGCCGAGCACAUGAUCGUCAGCUCCGCUGUUCUGUCCGCUGCCUCGCUCAAGACGAAGGCGCUGGUCGACGCAGGCUUCGCAGAGCAGCUUCCGGGCCCCAUCAACGGGCUAGUAGCCGUCCGCCUGCCGCACGACCAGCCGGGCGUAGUGAAGGCGGUGCUGUACGCGCUCCACAGCCGCGUGGAAUUCGCGCGGCACCCCUUCGCCGCCGCCGAGCUCGUCUUCGUUGCCCGCACCGCCGAUAAGUUCCGGCUGCAGCCAGCCCUCGCCGCCACCGGCAUCACCGCCGCGUGGCUCCAGAACUGCCUGUCUGCUGCUGGUCCCGCUGAGCCCGCCCCCGUUUUCGCCCUCGCGGUGGCCGCGUGUCUGCUCAACGACGCCGACACCUUCGCCGUCGCCUGCCGCCGCCUCGUGUUCGAGCACGGCGGCUCGUACGUCCCCCUUGCUCGGCCGUACCUCGGGCAGGAACUAGACGCGGCCAGGGUGAUGGCUGUCGCAAUGGCACUCGAAGAGACCCGCGGCAAGUUGCGCCUCGAGCUAGCAGGCACUCUGGCCACCGCCGCAGACUACCACAGGCUCGACAUGGAACUGUGCUCGUGCGGCUGGUACGUCCUCGGCGCCAAAGGCGGCCUUGCCGGGUCCGGGCUCGCCGUGUCGGACAUCUCGUCGUCAGCACUCGGACGCUGCGUCGAGGCGGCCGACAAGGUCUGCAGCGACUCCCUGCAGCAGCAUUGUCACGGCGCGCAUCAGUACCCGCACGUGGGCAACAUGGUCCGCGAGCGGCUAAAGUUCCUCAUGAAGCGCGAAGACGGGAGCCCGUGUCUGUGGUGUGUGUACCAGGGCGAGCCUCACCACAUGCAUCCCGGCGAGGGCGAGCGUUUCGAAAAGGUGACUAAUUGGUUGCGAGAGGAGCUGGGCAGGAUUGCUAGAGUUUAGUUGGGCAGGAUCGCUAGAGUUUAGUUGGGCAGGAUCGCUAGAGUUUAGUUGGGCAGCUUGGGCUGGGUUUCAGGCCGGGUUUCGGGAUGGUGUUUAUCUUUGAGCGUGUGCAAGGGAUAGAAUGAUAGUGGCGUUUUGGAAGGGGCGGUUAAAAGAUUGAUAUUUGGGGAUGAGUGCCCUCAAUGCUCUUGAUGAAUGGGUGGCGGAGGAGUGUGGCGGAGAAGGAAAGAGUUUCAGGAAGAGAGCUUUUUGUCACCCGGUCACCGUCAGGAACCACAUCAAGUCACGGGCGUUCAAGGACACAUGAUAGAGUGAGCGAUAGUAGUUUCGAAUUCUUGCCCAUGUCUGACAGGCA